GUCACCAUGAAACUGUUUAUUUUUCUGUUUCUCCUGGAAAUACACGGCACGGUGGGACCGACUCACUCUCUGAGAUAUUUCUACUCUUCUUCCUCUGGAGUCUCAAACUUUCCAGAGUUUGUAGCUGUUGGUUUGGUUGAUGAUGUUCAGAUGAUUCACUAUGACAGCAACACACAGAAAGCAGAGUUUAAGCAGCAGUGGAUGGAGAAAGCUGCAGAAGAUGAUCCAGAGUACUCAGCACGCCAGACUAACAGGCUCAUGAACACCCAGCAGGUCUUUAAAGGCAACAUCGACAUUUUGAAGCAACGGUUCAACCAAACUGGAGGUGUUCACAUUAACCAGCUGAUGUACGGCUGUGAAUGGGACGAUGAAACAGCUGAAGUUAACGGAUAUCAUCAGUAUGGAGAAGACUUCAUAUUAUUUGACCUGAGGACAGAGUCAUGGAUCGCUCCAGUAACACAGGCUGUAAUCACCAAACUCGAGUGGGACAGUGACAGAUCUGUUUCAGGUGAUCUGAGGAACUAUCACACCCAGCUUUGUCCUGAGUGGCUGAAGAAGUACGUGAACUAUGGGAGGAGCUCUCUGAUGAGGACAGAGCUUCCAUCAGUCUCUCUCCUCCAGAAGUCUUCCUCCUCUCCAGUCAGCUGCCACGCUACAGGUUUCUAUCCUAACAGAGCCGACAUGGUCUGGAGGAAAGAUGGAGAGGAGCUUCAUGAAGGUGUGAACAAAGGAGAGAUCCUCACCAACAAUGAUGGGACCUUCCAGAUGAGUGUUGACCUGGAAGUUUCAUCAAUCAAAUCUGAAGACUGGCACAGAUACAGAUGUGUGUUUCAGCUCUCUGGUGUGAACGAGGAAAUCGUCACCAAACUGGGUAAAGCAGCGAUCAGGACCAAUGAGGGUUCUUCAGUCUUCCCUGCUGGUGUUGUUAUCCGGAUUAUGGGAAUACUGCUCCUGCUGACACUCUGCUUCUCUGGAAUCUUCAUCUGGAGGAGAAAAUAUAAAGAGCUGUAUUGACAUGCAGCUUUAGAAAGAAUUGCUCAACCAUCUCAGCUUUGCAUGAAGACAGCCUCUCCCAGAAUUCACCUGCUUUCUGCAUACAUGCUAUGACUGCACAUUCACCUGAUGUAUAUAUUAUAUAUAAUGUUCUUCCUCUACCUUUCUGCUGCAACAAGAUGGAGAAACUGCAAAUAAUACAAAAAGUUAUUUGGUUUUAAUUUGAAAGUCAAAUUCAGUUUACAUAAAGUGUUUGCACUGUGAACC